GGCACUCUUGAAUCUUCAUAGAAACUAGAAAGUUUGACGUAUAGUAUACGUGCGUAUACGUUUGGGGAUUGUCGGCGGUAGCCUGAAUGUGACAAUUUAAUCGAAUAAUUACUUACCUAUCUAAUUAUUUAUUAAAAGGCGUAAGUUUACCUUUAUGACGAUAUUAUUGGGAUCGUAUAUAAAUAGUGUAAAAUUAUAAAUAGGAUAAAUCGUAAUAAUGCCAAUUUCAUUGCAUUUUUGAAAAGAAUCCGGGAACCUACUUUUAUCUAAUUGUGACUAAACUUAAACAAUUGCCUUCUACUUAAUUUAAAUACGAAUUUUAUAAGAUUUACGUACGGUAGGCAAUCGAGUGUUAAUUUGACAUGUGGCAUUAGUAUUAACUUUGCCUGGUGUUCGAUUAUUAGAUACAAUGUUUAGAAGUAAAAUAAGAAUACACACAUGCCGAAUAAUUCUCCUCACAUCUCUAGUUUGGUUGUUAGUUGAUGUUGCUUUAUUGGCCUUAUACUCUGAUUGUUUUGGAGAUGGCUGGGAUUGCAAUAAGAACAAAAAUGUUAAUAACGACUUCAUUGUAAAGGGUAAUGAUGAGUUUAGAGGUAAAAAAGCAGCAAUUGCUGCUGCAUUACAAAAAGAUAUAGAUGAAGAAGACACAAACAUUGAAGAGAAUGAAGUAGAACAUGAUGUAGGAGAUGAUGGUUUGAUGCUGCCACAGUAUCCCAGAUCCAGACUUAAGAGAUGGCAAACUGUCCCACCAGUAAAACCUCAGGGUGAAUUGCCUGGAGAAAUGGGUAAAGCUGUAAAUAUUCCAAUUGAACAAGAGAAACUUAUGUUGGAUAAGUUCCAAGAAAAUCAGUUCAAUUUGUUGGCAAGUGACAUGAUCUCACUUAACCGAUCUCUGACUGAUGUUAGAUUUGAAAAGUGUAAAGAGAAGCAGUACCCAGAGCUAUUACCAACAACAAGCGUAGUUAUAGUUUUCCAUAACGAAGCAUGGACUACCCUCAUUCGAACAAUCUGGAGCACCAUCAACCGUUCGCCGCGACCUUUACUUAAAGAGAUAAUACUCGUAGAUGACGCUAGCGAAAAAGAUCAUCUAGGUAAGAAAUUAGAGGAAUACAUAAAGACGUUGCCCGUUCCUACGCGACUCUUCCGAACGGAAAACAGGUCCGGACUCAUCCGAGCGCGUCUUUUAGGCGCGAAACACGUGAAAGGCGACGUUAUAACUUUCCUGGAUGCACAUUGCGAAUGCACCGAGGGUUGGUUAGAGCCUUUAUUGGCUAGGAUAGUGAAAGACAGGAGUACGGUCGUGUGUCCAAUCAUCGAUGUCAUAUCGGAUACCACCUUCGAGUACAUUCAGGCAUCGGACAUGACGUGGGGAGGCUUCAACUGGAAAUUGAACUUUAGAUGGUAUAGAGUUCCAGAACGCGAAAUGGCACGUCGAGGUGGAGACCGAACAGCGCCGCUACGCACGCCCACAAUGGCGGGUGGACUGUUUGCCAUUGAUAAGGAUUACUUCUAUAAGAUUGGUUCAUACGACGAAGGCAUGGACAUUUGGGGUGGCGAAAAUCUCGAAAUGAGUUUUCGGGUGUGGCAGUGCGGCGGGAGGUUGGAGAUUGUGCCGUGCUCACACGUGGGGCACGUGUUCCGCGACAAGUCGCCUUACUCGUUCCCGGGUGGAGUUCAGAACGUGGUGCUUCACAAUGCGGCGCGCGUUGCCGAAGUGUGGAUGGACGAGUGGGGAGAGUUCUAUUACGCCAUGAACCCAGGCGCACUAAACGUGCCAGUCGGUGAUGUAACCGAGCGCAGAGCAUUGCGCGAACGUCUCAAGUGCAAGAGCUUCAGAUGGUACCUUGAAAACAUUUAUCCCGAGAGUCAGAUGCCACUCGACUAUUACUACCUGGGAGAAAUUCGUAAUGCAGAAACGUCUAACUGUCUCGAUACUCUUGGUGGUAAAGCUGGACAGCCCCUGGGUAUGGGAUACUGCCACGGAAUGGGUGGCAACCAGGUAUUCGCGUACACGAAGCGCAAACAGAUAAUGUCGGACGACAACUGCCUGGACGCGGCGCACCCGCGCGGACCGAUCAAGCUCAUCCGCUGUCACGGCAUGCGCGGCAACCAGGAGUGGACCUACGACACCAAGACGCGCACCAUAAAGCACACGAACACGGGCAUGUGCCUCGACAAGCCGGAGUCGACGGACGUGUGGAAGCCGCUGCUGCGCGCGUGCGACCGCUCGCGCGGCCAGCAGUGGCUCAUGCAGGUCGACUUCAAGUGGCAGGCGCGCCGCCAGCACGGCAGCUAGUGCGUCGCAGGUUCGACAACGAUAGACCAUAACAGUCUUCCCCCGUCGUUAGAUAAAAUAUUUACUUCCUUAUUCCUAUAUCUGAAAUUUUAUAUGUACUAGAUUGUAUCGACACGUGGUCCUGUGAAUCGUUGACAAUACAUGCGCUGUAGUUUUUUAUCUAAAUGUUGCUCAAAUUUAGGAUCGUGUCUGAUGUGUUGUAGAGUGAGUUUUGUUUUGCUAAUCGAUGUUUACUAGUUAUAAGUUGAUGACCAUUUAUAAAAUUAUAUAGUCGUUUAACCAUUUCUUCUCAAGGUACUGGUACGUUUUCAUUUCUGUACUGGUUUCGUAGAUGUAACCUCGUAUGAGAUUAUAUUCGUAAUUAAGGUGAAACGCAAGCUUCGAUCGAGAGUCACAAAUAUUUUUGAGUAUUUUUAAAUUCUGAUAGCGUCUUUUAAGACAUUUUAAUAUUGUUGAAUAUACAAUGAACUGAAACGUACGUUGUUAAUAUCAUCUAUGAUAUAUUUUUAAUCACUGACGUCGCUACCUAUAUAAAUGUUGUUUAGGGAGUGAUUAAAACAAGGCUGUCUUCUUCUUUCGAAUGUCAAAUCAAUGAUGACGGAAAGAGAGAAAUCGAUGUUUAACUAUACACCCUCCGAACAACGUUUAUAAGUAAGAACGUAUAACCUCACCAAGUUAUUCGUUUUGAUAUGAUAUUGGUUGUAUGAAAGCAAUACUCUGUGACCGUGAUUCGAUGAAAAAAAUGAGAUUUUAAUAUAUUUUCGUGUGUUCAAAUUUGAUUUCGUAAAUGUUCUAUAUUUUUAAAAAUAAUGUGUGUUCUUUAAUAAACCGCAAAUACAACCGGACGGAGCGUUAAUGGAUAUUAUUUCGAGAGUAUAUUUUUGUUGACUCAAUAUUUAAUUAGGAAAUCCCACUAGUAUAAAUAUGUUGACUAACGGUGCUCGAUUUUAGCACUAAAUGAAUGUAUAAUAAUAUAUAGUUUUCCACUGAAACUUCGGCAAACGGCAGACGCCAUAUUGCCUAACUGCCUGUUCAUUUGCCACGAAUAUUCUUUGAGUUAUAACAUACAUAUUAUUAUAUAAGUUUUAGCUCUAAAUAUAUUUUAUUUUAAUUUUUCUGCAAAAAAAAACCUUUAACAUUUUGAAAUCACGUAUUUUCUUCUAAAGUUAAAUUAUCUUUACUAUAAAUAAAAACACUUGUAUUUUUAUUAAUAGUUGUUAUAAUCCUGUCUUUGUUGCCACUUUAAAAAAAAUACGACGAUAAUUAUUAUUAAGAGAGCUCUAAUGACGAUAGCUUAUUCCAUGAAUGUAUUCACAGAGUGUAUAUUCAAUUUGCACAUAGUUUGAAAGUGAAGAUAAAUUUAGAUAAAAUUUUUUAAUGAAAAUUAUUGUUAAAUCUGCGGUGAUACAGAUAAUAAAUAUACAUAGACCGACUUAUUACAUAGUUUAUUCAUAGCUUUAAUAGACCUCCUUCCUUAGUCUUCAUGCAAAUACUGUAGUUUUAACAAUAAUUUAUACUUCGUCAGUUGCCUUAAAUUUAAUGUUGUCUCAAAUUCGUGUCAUUUUAAUGUAAUCGAUAAGAACCAAGUAAUUGAUAAUGUUUUAGUGCAUAUCGUCUGUAGAAUAGUUAAUAUUCUUUUGUACGACGAAAUUUGAUAUUUCAAAAUUUUAAUUAUAAUUAAACAAAUCCAUACAACGAAGUAUGUUUGUAUGUUUUUAAAGAAUAAAUCUACCGUUGAGGUUAUUUUUGAAUAACCUUUCAUACUUGAAAUAAUUUAAAGCUCAUUUUUAAAUGAAUAGUUUUAUAACUAUUUCAAUUUUAUGUACUUUAUUAUUAUUCUUCUAGAUGGAAAAUGAAAACAUUUGUAACAUGUAGGUUAGACAUUUUAACAGGUAAAAUUAUUAAUUUUUAUUUUAUACAUUUCACUUGAUAUUAUGACUUGAUUUUACUUGACCUGAUUUUAUAAACUUAUGAUUAUAUUUGUAUUAAGUAUUGUAAACCUCAGUGAUGCUUUACUUUUAAAACGGUUUAUUCAUGAAGUUAUGGACAUUUAUUAACUACUGUCCUCUUAAUGAGUUAUUUAUGUUGAAGAUUUGUAAUUUCAAGUUGGUGAUUUUAUUUUAAUUCAAAAUUUAAAUGUUUAUUUAUUUUGAUAUUAUGUAAUAUUUCUAUCAUAUCAAUUAAUAUUUUAAGAGAUUAUUAUAUAAAAUAUAAUUUAUUAUUAACUAGACGAAUUGGCAUGUUCAACACAUCACAAACAAUUUUAUAAAAAAAACCGUAAUUAAUUUAUUAUCUAUGCAGCUCUUGUUACACGUAAAAAAUAUAAUUCAUAAUAUUGUCAUAAAUAACAUUUGCAAGAAGUAAUUCGCAAAGAGUAUUUAUUAUUAUUGUAAAUAAUUUGUUAUAUAAAGAUUCGUCCAGUCGAUAUUUGUAUCGUUAAAGCAUUUAUUUGAUAAGAACAGAAUCUCGCAAACGUUAUUUUAUUCGAUUUUUAUAAGUGCCAAAUUCAGAAAUUUUACUUUUGUUACGCAAUCGUCAUUCCAAUAAACAGAUAUAAAGAAAAUUACUUAUAAACUGAAAAUAAAUAUUAUGACU